AUGGGUUCCAAGAAGACGAAUGAAGUGGAGAUGGUCAUUAUGGGUGAAACUCAAAGAAAUUUGAUCAGAGGUCAUGAUUUCGCGGAGCAGUUGAAGUAUUUGGAGUCUAGACAUGAAGAGCUCACGGGGCUAAUGAGGAAAAUCAGUGCACUUCCCAAGGAUGAAUUGAUGGACCCAAUAGCACAGGAGAAUGUCAUCAAGCGCAUGAAGUUGUCUCUGCUAGACUAUCUCGAAGCCGUUUUCGUGGGGACCCCUGAUUCCGUAGGGUCCCGAUGCGUGAAUCCAAAGUAUCGAGAAAGAAACUCAGAGACUGGCUAUUGUGACUGGAUAUAUGUUUCUGCCACAGACUUGUACGUUGUUCUCGAUUCUUUCCUCUCGAGAGAUGGGUGGGUCUUAUCUGUUGCGGUCUAUCCAACAGAAUUUGGACUUGAGCGAAUGAAACAUGAGGAAAUGCAUGGUCCUGCUACUGAUGUUGUAGACGAAAAGAAGGAAGAUAAUGUGAUGAGGAAAAAGAAGAUGAGAACGUACUACUUUGCUGUUGCCGAAUGUGAUUCUAGUGCUACUGCUGAUUACUUGUACAGAUCAUGUGACGGAAUUGAGUUAGUAAGAUCCUCUAUCAAGCUCGACUUGAGAUUUAUUCCCGAUUCUAUGGACUUCAAUCAUCCACCUCGUGAUAUUGCCACCGAGGUUGCAUUUGCCGCUCUUAACUCUGUUGAUAUUAUGAGUAAGGUAACUGUUUCUUGGGAUGAAGAUGAGCCGCACCGCGUCAAGACCUUAAACCUGCAAUUCAGCCCUGGUCAGCUUCUUAUGAGAGUGAAUCUGAUGAUGAUGAUGAGAAGGAAAAAAGAAAAAAUAACAUAUUGUGACUUGGUCGAAUCUGGAGAUAAAGACGAGGAGGAGGAGGAGGAGAAUGAGCUGGAUGUGGUAGUACAAUUUAGUACCGGAUUAGAAGAUCCGAGUAACAAAUUUCGUGAAAAGAAAGAAGAGAAGUCAGAAACUGAUGCGCCUCGGAUCAUAGACCCGGGCCAGGAUGAUGCGACCAUGGCUGAGCCAGAUGAUUCUUCGACAAAGAACAAACCAGGAUGGAUUAAUGGCGAGCAUACUGAUCUAAAACCAGCUGGUGAGACUGAGGACGAGCUGAAACAGAGCAUGCAUGAGCUGAAACCAGCUGAAGAGAGCAUGCAUGAGCUGAAACCAGCUGAAGUUAAGAUGUUUGAAGCUGAUCAAAGAAGGCUUUUCAGUCAGUUUGAAGUCCAGGAGUUUUGUGACAACCUUGUGGAGGGAGUGGAUUUUGAGGAAGAGUCAUUCGACUACUCACAUCAAGGACCGCUUCUUGGCACCAGGAGACCCAUGGACGAUGAUUUAUGUCCCAUAUUUGAUGAGGAAGACGAACCUGGUCCAACCUUUGAAGUGGAAGCACCAAGUGUAACAUCCAUCAUGGAGAACCAACUUUGCUUUGAUCCCGGCACAACUCCUACGCCUUUGUCCACAGACAUUUAA